GAUAGCGCCACCGCCACCCACCAGCACCACUAUCGAUAUCUACGUUCAUAUUUUCUAGACAUUAUCCUAAGUGAAGAAGCUACUAGAAAGCCAUGCAACUUUGAAAGAGUUGAGCUUUACCAUGCCUAUAUAUAGGAACCUUCCCUUAAUCUCAUUCCUCACAACUUACAUAGAAUUGGUGUUAAAUACAUACUAAAGUCGUUUAUAUAUACAUAAGAGGGGAGAGAGAGUCUAGCCAUUUGAAGUUUGGAAGCUUGAAGAUGGCUAGUUCCAAGGUGCUAGCUGUUGCAUUCUUGGCUAUGCUCCUUGUGGAACUUGCUUUUGCCGCAAGAUUAUCAAAAGAGGUCUUUGGUAGUGGAGGUGGUAGAGGAGGAGGAGGAGGAGAAGGAGGAGGAGGAGGUGGUGGUUAUGGACCUGGUUCAGGCUCAGGGUAUGGUUCGGGUUCAGGAUAUGGUGGUUCAAAAGAAGGAUAUGGUAUUGGUGGCGGUGGAGGAGGAGGAGAAGGUGGAGGUGGUGGUUCUGCUGGUGGGUAUGGUUCCGGAUAUGGGUCUGGCGGUGGCUCAGGGUAUGGGUUUGGAGGAGGGAUAGGAAAGGGUGGAGGUGGCGGAGGUGGUGGUGGCAAAGGUGGUGGUGGAGGUGGUGGUAGUGAGACAGGAAGUGGUUCUGGCUACGGAAGUGGUAGUGGCUCCGGAUAUGGAAGUGGAAGUGGUAAAGGAGGAGGAGGUGGUGGUGGAGGAGGAGGUGGNUGCAUAUGGCCACCUAAGCAAAGUAGAGAAACUUUUCUGAGCCUCAAGUCAAAAGUGGGAGGACAGAUAAGUUGCAUGAAGUCACGCAGGCCACCGCCACAUCCAUGAUAGCGCCACCGCCACCCACCAGCACCACUAUCGAUAUCUACGUUCAUAUUUUCUAGACAUUAUCCUAAGUGAAGAAGCUACUAGAAAGCCAUGCAACUUUGAAAGAGUUGAGCUUUACCAUGCCUAUAUAUAGGAACCUUCCCUUAAUCUCAUUCCUCACAACUUACAUAGAAUUGGUGUUAAAUACAUACUAAAGUCGUUUAUAUAUACAUAAGAGGGGAGAGAGAGUCUAGCCAUUUGAAGUUUGGAAGCUUGAAGAUGGCUAGUUCCAAGGUGCUAGCUGUUGCAUUCUUGGCUAUGCUCCUUGUGGAACUUGCUUUUGCCGCAAGAUUAUCAAAAGAGGUCUUUGGUAGUGGAGGUGGUAGAGGAGGAGGAGGAGGAGAAGGAGGAGGAGGAGGUGGUGGUUAUGGACCUGGUUCAGGCUCAGGGUAUGGUUCGGGUUCAGGAUAUGGUGGUUCAAAAGAAGGAUAUGGUAUUGGUGGCGGUGGAGGAGGAGGAGAAGGUGGAGGUGGUGGUUCUGCUGGUGGGUAUGGUUCCGGAUAUGGGUCUGGCGGUGGCUCAGGGU